UUGUGCUCUGUGGUUUCAGUGCUGGUGUUGCUGCUGCUUCUGUUUGCGAGACGGAGAGGAGGCGAGCAGAAGGAACCUUUACUGCAGGACGACGACAUCCGAGACAACAUCUAUUACUACGAUGAAGAGGGAGGCGGAGAGGACGAUCAGGACUAUGAUCUGGGUGUUCUCCACCGCGGUCUGGACAACCGGCCCGACGUCAUCAGAGACGACGUGCUGCCAAACUUCAUGCCGGCUCCUCUGUACCGGCCCCGCCCCGCCAACCCAGAUGAAAUCGGAAACUUCAUUGUGGAUAACCUGAAGGCCGCCGACAACGACCCCACUGCCCCCCCCUACGACUCCCUGCUGGUGUUUGACUAUGAGGGAGGCGGAUCGGACGCGGGAAGCCUCUCCUCCUUGAACUCGUCGAGCAGCGGGGAUCAGGACUACGACUGCCUCAGUGACUGGGGGCCCCGCUUCAAGAAGCUGGCCGACAUGUACGGAGGAGGAGAAGAUGAUGAUGAUAUGCUGUAAAACAACUUUGGAACUAAUGAUAAGGAUAGGUGGAUGCACAUAUGGCUCUGUGAAUGUAAAAUUGAUGUAACAUGAACUGAUAAAUGACUGCAUCCCAGGGAAAGAGUAGACAAGCCCACAGAUGUUCCUCUGUGGGGAGAUGGAGCAGUCCUGUCCAGCCGCUGCAAAGGAGCCAAAGGAUGACUUUCUUUUCCUAAACAUGAGUUCCCCAUUUAGAACUGUUGGGCUCGCUCCGCAUGUCUGUUGGAUCCCUGUUUAGUUCUAGACUAUAGACCAACUGCUUUUUGUUUAUUUCUGUUCUUUGAAUCCUGGAGCCACAUCAUCAGUCUCUGUGAUCCUUUCUGGAUUUUGUGCAGAUUUGUCUCCGUGUUGUCGCUGCCUGAUGACACUGGAGACGUACACAGAUGCUUGCAUUUGCGCUGUUAAUGUUUCUAUAAUUUUGGCAUGUAUGUUACUUAAUAUUUUUCCCGUUUUUUAUUUAAUUUUUAUGGAGUUGGUACUACUGAUUCAGUUAAAUUGCAUUGUUUUGUAUUUCUGUUUGAGGAAUGAAAUCACAAAUGAUCAAGGGGAAAUCCAGGUAGCAGCCUGCGCCACAUAACCCUGUAAGGGUGUGCUCAAUGAGUUCUAAAUAAAUGCUUUUUAAAAUGUUUGACAAGUGUCUGUUCAGUUGACAUCUUUAUUACAUUGAAAUGUCAAAACACUUUGCUGUAACCUCCAAUGUUACUUUAUUGCAAAUGCUUUGUUAUUUGAAUUUUUUUAUAAAGUUAUCUUAAAACAAUGGA